GGUUGUCACUCUAGGAUUCCCAGUUCCAUGAAUACACGUCUAUGAAAAGUUUAAAUGAAUCCAAGCAAGGAUUUUGGGGUUCUCUCGCUAGAAAAGCUAAAGCCUUCUUGGAUGAUGAUAAUGUGCCACACCAAAUUGAUUCAGAUGGACAAGCUAAAUCAAAACUGCCUCAGAGGCCAAUGCCAGAAAAGCACCAGAAGAUAUACCAGUCACAUGAUAGGCAUCGCCAAAUGGACAAUCCCACAUUGCAGAAGGGUUUAGGUGCAAUUGCAUCAUCCCAAAAUUACAUUGGUAAUGCUGUUGAGGAGGGUUUUACGAUUGUGGAGAACCGGACUGCGGGCAUCAUUCAAGAAACCCGCAAACAUAUCAGGAAAAAGCCCGGUGGUUCUGUGCCACAAAAUCAGGCAGCUAAACAGCCACAAAUGCAGCAGCAAGUACGACUGCCAAUGCAAGGAGAUCAAGAAAUUCAAUUGAAGGCAUCUCGCGACGUUGCAAUGGCCAUGGCUGCCAAGGCAAAGCUUCUUCUUCGAGAGUUAAAAACUGUCAAAGCUGAUUUGGCUUUUGCAAAGGAGAGAUGUGCUCAGCUGGAGGAAGAAAAUAGAAUCCUUCGUGAGAAUCGUGAAAGAGGAGACAACCCAGAAGAUGAUGAGUUGAUACGUCUUCAACUUGAGACCCUGUUGGCAGAAAAGGCACGGCUAGCUCAUGAAAAUUCUAUCUAUGCACGCGAGAAUCGCUUCCUAAGGGAGGUUGUUGAAUACCACCAACUCACUAUGCAGGAUGUCGUAUAUUUGGAUGAGAGCACUGAAGAAGUCACUGAAGUUUACCCUAUCAAGGGACCUUCAUUAUCCAAUAUAAACUCUUUGCCUGCUGCAUCAGGUGCAUUACCAUCUGAGGCAUCUCUUGACACAAAUCUGCAAAUAACUCGGAAUAUCCCUGUCCGCCCUGUGCCACCCCUGGAGUUUGCGGAGGGUUCCCAAAGUUCUGCCUGGCAAAGCUCUCAAGCUCAAACUUAGAUGGCUGAGGAUGCAAAAUAUAUGUCGAAACUUUUUAUUUGAAUGGUUUCACUUCACAUUUAAUAUAUAUAUUCUUUAUGAAGAAUUGAGAUGUUAACAAUAUAGCCUUUGAUACACCUUUCUAUUUUUAUUUUGAACCUUGUAUUCUUUUAGUAGUUUAAUGUCAGGCUUACCCUUUUUUGGUUUUUUA